AUGUUAAAGUCAACUUCUGUUCUGACUCGCUCUAAAAUAUUAACCACAACAUCAUCAUGCAUCCGAACUUUAUUAAAAUAUAAUUAUUUUCAAACAAGAGAAAAUAGAAGAUUUGUUUUACCGGGACCAAAAUCUCUUGACCAAAUUGUGAAAGUACCGUUGUUGGAGAGAGAAACACCUGAAGCAAUUACUCAAAUAUGGAAAGAUCAUCACGAAAUGAACCCGUUAAUUCUAGCAGAAACAGUCCCAUAUACACAAUAUCAAGUUCUCAAACACCGUUCAAAAGAUUGUCCAAUGUUUGUCUUACCUGUGUUUAAAAACAUUGGAUUUCAAACUGUUGUUUUGCAAUUUCAGACCGAACAUGUUUUAUUUACAUCAAUGAGAGAAUUCAAAGCAAAGGGAGAAUGGGCAUCUCCUCAAAUGUCUUUAACCCAUUUUACUGAAUUUGCUCAAACAAAAGGAAUUGUGCUAAUGAGAGGAGAAACAAACGAUACACACAUUAAUAAGGCUGAAGGAAGAGAUCUUGCACGAUUUAUGUACAAAUUUUACCUUGAUGACAAUCUUUAUCAUACAUUCGUAGAAGUUUUUAACAAGGAGCCAUCAAGAUUUAAUUUUGAAGAGCUCAUCAAUGCAGUCAAAGCACUCAAACCACCAAAACCAAGGCACAAUCCGCUUGUCCCUCCUCCUAAAAUGAAGUAA